AGAAAAAAAAAAUAAUGUCUCCACUAAAAACUGUUUUAUGCUUUUCCCUGCCUAUAAAUAGUCUUUUAAAACUAAAUGCGUGUGCUCACCACACUCUUAUCUUCUUAACCAUAUCUAGCUAGCUAUGGCUAAUUCCAACCAAAUAGCUUCUGAUCCCAAUUUCACGGUCCAAACUCUUGAUAUGGAGAUGAACAUGAAUCUUGAUCAAGAAGAGUCCACCUUUGACUACUCAAAACGGGCUCAAUGGCUACGUGCAGCCGUCCUUGGAGCCAACGAUGGUUUGGUCUCAACCGCAUCCUUAAUGAUGGGUGUUGGUGCAGUCAAGCAAGAUAUUAAGGCCAUGAUCCUCACCGGUUUCGCCGGCCUAGUCGCGGGUGCUUGUAGUAUGGCUAUAGGAGAAUUCGUCUCGGUUUACUCCCAACUCGACAUCGAGUUGGCUCAGAUUAAGCGAGACAAGACUAGAACCAUCAAUGAUGGGAUCGGUAAACAACAGCCCUUAGAGUUAGAAGCCAAAGAGACUGAGAAACUUCCUAACCCAAUCCAAGCCGCAGCAGCCUCGGCUCUCGCGUUCUCUAUCGGGGCGAUGGUGCCACUUCUGGCGGCCGCGUUCAUAAAACAGUAUAGGGUUAGGGUGGCGGCUGUGGCGGCGGCGGUGACGGUGGCUCUCGUGUUUUUUGGUUGGGCUGGGUCGGCUCUAGGGAAAGCGCCAUGGGCUCGAGCCACGGUUAGAGUUACUAUCGGUGGGUGGGUGGCUAUGGCCAUAACCUUUGGGUUAACAAAACUUAUUGGCUCAAGUGGGCUUUGAUAUGUAAAGAAAAUAAAAAAAAUAUAUUUAAAAAAAGGGUGAGGUAUUGUAGCUUUAUUGUUUGAAUUAAUGUCAUGUUGCUUUUAAUGUA